UUUUUAACAUACACACCCUCUGUUUCUCUCUCAUAAUAUUCAAACUAAUUAAGUGCAUAUAUAUAGAUGUAUGAGUGUUUAUAACUUCAGGAGGAGCUCUAUAUAUUUAGCAUAAUAUCUCUCUCAAGUGUGAGAACAAAGUUGUGAAGCUCUUCUUCUCUCCUAUUCAUUUCUCUCUUCCUCAAUCUCUCUCUUUGUGUCACCAUGGUAUCUCAACCUCCUCAAGAUGAUUAUGAUGAGAAAUCGGCGAGACAAAAAGAAAUAGAUGCUUGGUUACCAAUUACUUCAUCAAGAAAUGCUAAGUGGUGGUACUCUGCUUUUCACAAUGUCACCGCCAUGGUUGGUGCCGGAGUUCUCGGCCUCCCUUACGCUAUGUCUCAGCUCGGCUGGGGACCAGGAAUUACAGUAAUGGUUCUCUCAUGGAUCAUAACACUAUACACAUUAUGGCAAAUGGUGGAAAUGCACGAAAUGGUUCCGGGAAAGCGUUUCGAUCGCUACCACGAGCUCGGACAACACGCGUUCGGGGAAAAACUCGGUCUUUACAUAGUCGUGCCGCAACAGCUGAUCGUGGAAAUAGGCGUUUGCAUCGUUUAUAUGGUCACUGGAGGCAAAUCACUAAAGAAGUUUCAUGAUCUUGUUUGUGAUGAUUGUAAACCCAUCAAACUUACUUACUUCAUCAUGAUAUUCGCUUCUGUUCACUUCGUCCUCUCUCAUCUCCCCAAUUUCAAUUCUAUAUCCGGUGUGUCUCUUGCCGCCGCGGUUAUGUCUCUCAGCUACUCAACAAUCGCAUGGGCAGCUUCGGCGAGUAAAGGUGUUCAAGAAGAUGUUGAAUACGGUUACAAAGCAAAAUCAACGGCCGGUACGGUUUUCAAUUUCUUCAGCGGUUUAGGUGAUGUUGCCUUCGCUUAUGCGGGCCACAACGUGGUCCUUGAGAUCCAAGCAACGAUCCCUUCAACUCCUGAGAAACCUUCAAAAGGUCCGAUGUGGAAAGGAGUCAUUGUUGCUUACAUCGUCGUCGCGCUCUGUUAUUUUCCGGUGGCCUUCGUUGGAUAUUAUAUUUUCGGGAACGGUGUUGAUGACAAUAUCCUCAUGUCACUUAAGAAACCGGCUUGGUUAAUCGCGACGGCAAACAUGUUCGUUGUGAUCCACGUUAUUGGUAGUUACCAGAUUUAUGCAAUGCCAGUUUUUGACAUGAUGGAAACUUUGUUGGUCAAGAAGCUUAAUUUCAGACCUACCACGAUUCUCCGGUUCUGUGUUCGCAAUUUCUACGUUGCUGUAACAAUGUUUCUAGGUAUGACGUUUCCUUUCUUUGGUGGGCUUUUAGCGUUCUUUGGUGGAUUCGCGUUUGCUCCAACGACAUACUUCCUUCCUUGCAUAAUUUGGCUAGCUAUCUACAAACCUAGGAAGUACGGCUUAUCUUGGUGGGCCAACUGGGUAUGUAUCGUGUUUGGUAUUUUCUUAAUGGUCUUGUCGCCGAUUGGAGGGCUAAGGACGAUCGUUAUUCAAGCAAAGGAAUACAAGUUUUACUCGUAAAUGCUAUGUAAUGUGUGUCAUAUCACUAAGCAACAUUCUGUGUGAAGAAGAUUUUAAAAGAUCAACAUGAGACAUAAGAAUCAGUGGUCUCAUGAGGUCUGAAUUUGUAAUAGCUUUAGAGUUUGUAUUUUGUGUGUGUUACUGUGUUUGUAUCUAUUAUUAUUAUUAUUAUUAUUAUAUUAAACAAUAUAUUUUGUUGUGCCAGGAAACUAAUAGACUAAUAGUACUAUAUUUUUCUUUUUU